CUCAAUAAGUAAAUCUCAAUAACAUUGAAAAUAUACCGUCCAACAUUUUAUAAAUUAGAACAUAAAUUAUGAAUGCAACUAAGCGGGUCAUAUGUCAGCAACGGCUCUUCUUUCAAACACAUCGGAUGUCUAGUCAUGACAAUCCUUUGGGAAUAAAAGGCGGAGACCUAACAGAACACCAGAGAAAGGUGAUGGCUAGGGGCCUGCCUCGCAAGCAGCCCAUAGAUGGUGUUAAAACUGUGAUAGUUGUGGCAUCAGGAAAGGGAGGUGUCGGAAAAUCAACCACUGCUGUGAACUUGGCUCUUGCAAUGGCAGCAAAUGAACCAUCCAAGCAGGUAGGUCUACUAGAUGCAGACGUGUUUGACCCAUCAAUACCAAUGAUGAUGAAUCUGAAGGGUGAACCUCUACUGAAUGACAGGAAUGAGAUGGUGCCAUUGACAAACUAUGGAAUAAAAUGCAUGUCCAUGGGUUUCCUGGUGGAUGAGAAGUCCCCCAUCGUGUGGCGUGGUCCCAUGGUGAUGUCAGCCGUACAGAGGCUUAUCAGGCAGAUUGCCUGGCGACCGCUGGACUUCCUGUUCAUAGACAUGCCCCCCGGUACUGGAGAUACCCAGCUGUCUCUAUCACAGAACAUACCCAUCAAUGGAGCUGUUAUUGUAUCCACGCCUCAAGACAUAGCCCUCAUUGACGCCAGGAGAGGGGCGGAAAUGUUUAGAAAGGUAGAUGUGCCUGUGCUGGGUACUGUACAAAACAUGAGUGUGUAUAUCUGCCCCAAGUGUGGCCACACUGACCACGUGUUUGGAGACAACGGGGCCCAGGCAGUCGCUGAUGAGAUGGGCGUACCCAUUCUAGACAAUCCAAGAUGAACGUUUUCUUGUUGACGACACUUUUUGUCGGCACCGUCGCUGCCGUUGGUAAAGGUAGGCAAAUAGUUUUUAAAUUCAAUAUGUUGCCAUCUUAUUUCAGCCUAAAACAGAAUAUAUUAAAUGUUUCCUUUUUCGCUUUAACCAGUAUUAUUGUAAUAGUAUUCUCAAUAAUCGUUUAUGUUACAGUAAUCCAUAAACAUGUAAGAACUGAAUAGUUUGAGAUUGUUAAAACUGCAAAGAUAUUAUUCAUGCAUAAAACAAUUAAAACAUAUAAGCAAAGUAAAACUGUUUUGGCAAGUACUGCGCACAGUUUCAAUUCGAUAUAUA